CGUCGAUCCGGUCUGCCGGUGGGACAGGUUCCUCUGUGCUGUUCCACUAUAUUGGGUUGCUUUUUUACUUAUUAUCUGCUCGUGCUUGUUGCCAUGCCUUGUGCUUCCUCUAUUGUCUGCCUGUUCCUCGAUGCCUUUACUGCAAUUUCUUCGUUUCUGGCACACUGUACUGUAUCAUGUCAAAGCUCACGUAGGCAUGGGCAUUGUAUGCGCCGUAGCUUAUUUCGACCCUGGAAAUUGGAGUGUCGAUCUCCAGGCAGGCUCCAGUUUUGGCUACAGACCGAUGCUGUUCGUCGUCCUCAUGGCCGGUCUGGGCGCUAUUGUCCUACAAACGCUGUCCUGUAAACUGGGAUGUGUAACAGGCCUUGACCUAGCAGCCCACUGUCGUAUCCUCUUGCACGAUCAUCCUAAGCAUCCCCUUCUUGUACGGCGUCUCAUUCUCUACCCCCUAUACGUUCUAUCUGAGGUAGCCAUCAUCGCUACCGACCUUGCAGAGCUCUUAGGAUCCGCCAUUGGAAUUUGUCUUAUCUUUCCAUCCCUCCCGCUUUGGGCUGGAGUAGUAAUCACAGCUCUUGACGUCUUUCUCUUUCUCCUCAUCUCUGACCCCACUCACAAGCAUAGCCGACUGUUUGAAAUGGUUGUUAUCGUCCUGGUCGUGUCGGUGUUCGCUUGUUUCAUUGUGCUCAUUGUCAAAGUUAAGCCUGAUUGGCCGGGAGUAUUUAUGGGGUAUAUACCAUCCAAAGCACUCUUCAAAUCGGACCCAGAUGCCGUCUACUCAGCCGUAGGAAUUCUGGGUGCAACGGUCAUGCCGCAUGCUCUCUUCCUGGGCUCAUUCAUGGCGACUCAAGACCGGCGCUCGCCGGCUCUGUGUACAGAUCAUGUUGCUGGACCUGAGCUCCCUCUGGUAAACCUUUCUUCACGCGUCAGUAAGGGAAUUAGAGAGCUAUUUGCCGUGUCUACCGCAGACAAAAACAUCCAUGCCAUUGAGGCGAAGAGGGAAAACCAUUCUCCUACAUUCAUACAGCAGCACCUCAAGCAUGAAAUGGUAGACGUUAUCUCAAGUUUACUAUUUCUAGCUGUCCCGAUUAAUUCAGCCAUCUUGAUAAUGGCCGCCACAGUAUUUUACUCUGAGUCCGAGCCGGAUGAGAUCAUCAUGGCCGGUCUCUUUGAUGCACACGAUUUGAUAAAAGCGAGGAUCGGCAAGGGCGCCGCCUUCGUAUUUGCCCUUGCCCUGAUUUCGGCAGGACAAACAUCGGGGAUAACAGCUACUCUUGCUGGCCAGAUCGUCUCGCAAGGGUUCAUCAACUGGGGUGUGUCGCCUUUCCUUCGGCGUCUGCUUACCCGUGCGCUCGCACUGGUACCUUCAGUCGUUGUAGCCAUUGCCGUGGGCCGUGCUGGCAUCGACAGUCUCCUCGUCGUCUCCCAGGUGAUUCUGAGCGUCGUCCUGCCGUUCGUGGCAUUCCCACUCAUCUGGCUCACGUCCUCGAGGCGCGUUAUGCGCGUGGAGGGUGGUCAAGACCAUAGCAACGGGUGGAUCUUGGCCGUCGUGGCGUAUGGGAUAUGGGGAGUGGUCCUGGUCGCUAAUUCAUAUGGUGUAGUGUCUUGGGCGGGCUGACAUGAACUUGGGGCCGGACGCCGUGUGUCUGGACUGUUGUUGGCCGUGUGUCGUAUUUUAGUGUUGGUUCUUCCCGCGAAUCCGGAAUGUUCUGUGCGGCGAGCGAGUAUGUGAAGAGACAAGACAUGUUUCCGCCCUUGACAAGAGAGAAGAGAAGCAAGCAGAAAGGUGAAGUCUGACAUGCACCUACCAACACCCAUUGGCACAGGGAAUACUGAAACAAAGUGAUACGUGCAACACUGAAACGGACGCGCGAGGCACCGGAGCAAGGACAACGUGUUAUUCAUAAUGACCAUUUGAUAUUACAUAGUCUGUGGCACGGAGGAAAAAAACUAGGCGAGCAGUUUCCGGAAGAUUAUAUUUAGAUACUAUGCG